GACAUCGCGACAGUGCGGCCGCUUGACGGCAGUGUGGCGGCGGCAGGCGCAGAGACGCCGCCGCUUCCGGCUGCCGUCCAGGACUUCCGACACAGUGCGUGAGAGUGUGCGAGUGUGGCGGCGGGUGCUACUGUGUCGAGUGGUGAAAACAGGGCUAGCAGCCGCGGCGGUAGAGAUUAUUCACCAGCCCUAGGAGAGGACGCGCCCGUGUAGGCUGCGGCGAGUUUGCUUGCGAGCGACCGGCCGGGUGUGGAUAGCUGCCUGUGCCGCAGGCGCGAUGAUGCUGACGGUGUACUGCGUGCGGAGGGACCGCUCGGAGAUCACCUUCUCCCUGCAGGUCUCCGCCGAGCUGGAGCUGCGGGACUUCGUGGCUCUGUGCGAGCUGGAGUCGGAAAUCCCCGCCGCGGAGAUACAGAUCACUCACGCGGAGCAGCCGCUGGGAGACUUGGCGCGGACGCUGGGCUCGUACGGGCUGAAGGAUGGGGAUGUGGUGGUUCUCCGGCAGGCAGAGAGACGGCCUCCUGUCCAGCCAGCCUUCCCAGGCCUGCCCAGGAUCGACUUCAGCUCCAUCGCGGUUCCUGGGACCUCCUCCACUCGUCAGCUCCCUGCACAGCAGCUGCGCUCUCCGCCUCCUCCCGCGCCCCCCUCCCUGCAUCCUGGCGCGUCCCCGCAGGGACUGGACGACCCUGCCUUGCUGCGGGACAUGUUGCUGGCCAACCCCCACGAGCUGUCGCUGCUGAAGGAGCGCAACCCGCCUCUGGCUGAGGCCCUGCUGAGUGGGGACCUGGAGCGCUUCACUAAGGUGUUGUUGGAGCAGCAGCAGGAGAGGGCAAGGCGGGAGCAGGAGAGGAUCCGGCUGCUGACUGCCGACCCCUUUGACCUGGAGGCCCAGGCCAAGAUCGAGGAGGACAUCAGACAGCACAACAUCGAGGAGAACAUGACCAUCGCCAUGGAGGAGGCUCCCGAGAGUUUCGGCCAGGUGGUGAUGCUCUACAUUAACUGCAAGGUCAACGGACACCCUGUCAAAGCCUUCGUGGAUUCAGGAGCCCAGAUGACCAUCAUGAGCCAGGCGUGCGCCGAGCGCUGCAACAUCAUGCGGCUGGUGGACAGGAGGUGGGCGGGCAUCGCCAAGGGAGUGGGCACACAGAAGAUCAUCGGCAGGGUCCAUCUAGCUCAGGUUCAGAUUGAAGGCGACUUUCUGCCCUGCUCCUUCUCCAUCCUGGAGGACCAGCCCAUGGACAUGCUGCUGGGCCUGGACAUGCUGAAACGCCACCAGUGCUCCAUCGACCUGAAGAAGAACGUGCUGCUGAUCGGGACCACGGGCUCGGAAACCCGCUUCCUGCCGGAGGCAGAGCUGCCAGAAUGCGCGCGGCUGGCGUACGGAGCAGGCCGGGAGGAGGUCCAGCCCCAGGAGAUCGCUGACCGCGAGCUGGCCGAGGCGCUGCAGAGAUCUGUGCAGGAGUCAGAUACUGAAGAUGGACGAACUACCUCACCGAAGCCCCCUCUGUACCCUGCGCCCGCUGCUAGCUGUCCCCCACAUGGUCAGACCCUGGACCAGUCUGUGUCAACCCCUGACCUACUGAUUCCCCUCCAGCCUGCUCAGAGGCUCAGCCCCAGUACAGCAGAACGAAGCCAAAGUGAGCCGCAGUUUCAGGGUCUUCCUGCGCCGACCGCUGGUUUACCUGCAGACCCCCCAGUGACCGCCGUGGGCCAGGAUGCAUCAGGGGAGCCGAUUCACACACCAAGUCCUCCAGCCCUUCAACUCGGAACUCCCGCUGCUUUGGAGGUCAUACCGGGGUGGGAUGCCGGUACAGGCAGCAUUAAUCUUGAAGAGUCGCUGUCCUCCUUCUCUGACAAAUCUCCUCAGACCUCUGAAGAGAUCAGUUUAGCUGAUGGGGAACUUGUUCCAAAUCUUCAGCCCAGCAGACGUGUUACCAGGGAGCCUGUUGACCUAGAAAGUCUACAGACAGGGUCUGUCCCAGCCACCUCUGUCACUUUAGACCCCCAAUGCCAAAGUAAAAUACAGCAUAAAGAGGACGUUUUGUCAGAAAGACAGUCAGAAGUGGGCACUAGUGAGGACAUGGUUGGUAAACUAAGACUCCUCUCCCAGAAUUUAGGAAGCAGAAGCUUCUCAGAGAAACCUGAUUUGAAGUCAGGAGGUCCCAGUAAUAUACUAGAGGUAGGAUUAAGGAAGGAUUUUGGUGGAACACAGGGCGAGAGCAUGGCAUUAGAAGGCUUAAGUGAUUGUAAAACACAAAGUGAUAGUCUUGACAUGGACUUGCAGGGCUCGAGAGGCCCUGACUUGCCAGAGGAGAGCUUGGACAUGGAGCUGCAGGCUUUGAGUGGUCCUGACACUCAGAGGGAAAGUCUGGGCAUGGAGCCGCAGGCCUUGAGUGGUCCUGACACUCAGCAGGAGAGUGUGGGCAUGGAGCUGCAGGCCUUGAGUGGUCCUGACACUCGGAGGGAAAGUGUGGGCAUGGAGCCGCAGGCCUUGAGUGGUCCUGACACUCGGAGGGAAAGUGUGGGCAUGGAGCUGCAGGGCUUGAGUGGUCCUGACACUCAGCAGGAGAGUGUGGGCAUGGAGCUGCAGGCCUUCAGUGGUCCUGACACUCAGCAGGAGAGUGUGGGCAUGGAGCCGCAGGCCUUUAGUGGUCCUGAUACUCAGCAGGAGAAUGUGGGCAUGGAGCUGCAGGGCUUGAGUGGUCCUGACACUCAGCAGGAGAGUGUGGGCAUGGAGCUGCAGGCCUUCAGUGGUCCUGACACUCAGAGUGAAAGUGUGGGCAUGGAGCUGCAGGGCUCGAGUGGUCCAGGCCCACAGGAGGACAGCAUGGGCAUGGAGUUGGAGGUGGCUGAUGUUAAACUUGAGAGUAACAACAGGCCCACAGAAGAUCCUGAGCUGAUUUCCUCACAGGUGUGUCUUUCUCCUCCUGUCUUGGGAAUUGCCAGGCCAGAAGACCUUACCCAUGAGAAUUAUGAUGAGACAUCUGUAGGCAAGAUGCAGGAGCUUUGUGGGGAAAGUCCACCAGACCCCAGCAUGGUGAGCCUCUGCCCUCCACCUUUGGCGAAAAACCAGCCUCAGGGUGAGAAGCAGGGGGCAGACAACACCCACUCUCUGGCCGCGGCUCUGUUGGAGCUCCAUGAGCUUCUAGUGGCUAGCAGUCGUGGUACCUCUCAGGAUCUCACACCUGGAGACAGCCCAGUGUGUCAGAGACAAGAUGCUGACAGCUCUGAUGUUCCUGUUUCUUGGGGUCAGACAUGCAUGCAGGGUGGGUUUCUGGUGAAUACCGAAACAGAGGCAAGUAUUGCCAAACCUGAAACUGCUGCUGCUGAAUGUCCUUCCCCUUCCCCCUCACCUAACCUUCUGUCUGUAAAAGAACAAGAUGACAGAGCCCAGCCUGCGUGGGUUCCAGAGAUAGAGCAGGGUUCUUCCGAAAUGCAGACAGGUCAAGGAUCAUCUGGAGGAGAGUCUGAUGUCUUGGAGGAGAAGCAGCUGGUCUCCAAGGCCCAGGAGUGCCGGGUGCCUGGUAGUGGCCAGCUGGGGAGAGGGGUAGCUUCCAGGAGAGCCAGUGUCCCUGAUGCCCUGGACUCAGAGAUGGAGGUGCCAUUAAACUCCAGUGCUGGUCCACUUGUUUCAGGGGUUCCCGAUGGCCAAAGCUUCCCCCAGGUUCUGUUUCCUUCCUCUGGUGGAGCUCCUCUUGUAUCUCCUGCUCCGCAGGGUGUGGCUGCCACUCGGCCGCUGCACUUUCCCGAUGCCCACAUCCAGAGGAUCACCAGCGCUGGGUUCACUGACACAGAAGCUGUGGAGACUCUGGAGCAGUUCCAGGGAAACCCGGAGUUGGCUCUGUUAGUUCUGUUGGCCAGAAAGAUCAAGGUCCCCACUUAACUGCUGCUGAACUCUCUGCAGCAAUGUGUGGCAGGAACCUGGCUCCCUGACUGCACUGGAGGAAGGACUGGAAAGUUGUGAAAGUGUUCUGCAAGGCCGUCCUGUGCUGAUUGCUGUGCUUGCUAAUGUUAUGCUUGACGAGCGCUUGUUGGGCAGCCAGUCCGCUGGAGGAGAGGUGUUGACCUAAGCCAGUCAGAUCAUCGCGGGAUUGUGAGGUGAUGACAGUUCCUCUCCAAGACUCUGCAGUUUAUCGACUUUUAUGUUUUUAUCCUGGGAUGUAACUGGCUUCUUCGGGGGUGGUGUUUACUUUAGGUAAUAACAGUAGAGGUCCGUCCGACAUAGGUAUUGAAAAGGGUGUUUGAUGAUGGAGAUUAUUAAUACUAAUAUUUUUUAAGUAAAGUCCAUACAGACAGUGUGCCAGAUUUCUGAAACGCCACCUCAUGUCUGCACUGAGCCGAAACCCUCCCAGGAGCACGGACAGCCUUUUCUGCAUGUGAAACUAAAAGAUUGCAUUGAAGUCUACUCUGUUAUACAGAGUGCUGCCAUAUUUGGGCUUGUUUCAAGGAGUGCGGCAUUUUAGUAUGUCCCAGCUUUGUUAAUUCUUGAUCAGGGGCAAUAAGCAGCAUAUUAAGCCACCACACACACAAACUGGGAGGUUCUGUGCUCUGUCAGCUGGCAGAUGUGUGGCCUCAAUUGUCUUGGAGAUGGGCAAUGUUUCGCCUCCCAUGGAUCUCUCUUCAUUAGUAAUGAGGAAAACAAUUGCUUUAUUGCCUGUAAUCUGCAAUAAAACACUCCCCCCACCCCCCACCCCACCCCCCACCAAAACAUGACUGGGUACUCAUGACAUGCUCCUCAAGAGAAUUAGUUUGAAAUUGGAGGUGGGGAAAUGAAGUACUGCUGUACCUGAGAAGAGGUCGGUUGAUUGUUUUGCCAAAUAGCCAUGUUCUGAUCCUCAGGAGUUAGAGCACUGAUUUCAGGGUGAGGAUGGGAGCAGAUGUGCCAAGUCUGCCUGCCCCUAUGGAGCUUCUCAUGGUGCAGAAAAAGCCAGUGACUUCCUAAAGCCUUCUUUGUCUCUGCAUUGGUCUCUGAUUCUUAGUCACGGCGAUUCCAUCCUGUAUUCUGUGUAAUUAUGUCCUGCUGAACCCCCAAGGGAUAAUGUACAUCAAGACUGUGGGUGUUGCCCGUGCCUGGGGGCCAUGUGCAGGUCACAGGCAGGUUUAUAAGUUUACUUUCUUUUUUAGUUUAUUCACUUAUGUCACAUCCAGUUUUGUGUGCUGGAUUCCCUGGCAGUUCCUGAGAGUGUUUCUGAUGAGGUUAGCUGUUUUUGUGCUGAAUGACUUUUCCUGCAUUAGAACAUCUCCAGAAACAAAAUUUAGGAGUUUGUUUCGAAAGCUUCAAGACGCAGUGUUCAACAUUCUGCAGAUAAUUGUAUCUGCAUCAUAGUUUAGCAGUUCCUUCAGGGCGCUGUCGGUUUUAGUAAGUGCACCAGGGUGGGCGCAGCUGGGGGCGUGUGUGGCCUAACAGGCAGCACGAUGCUCCCUCAGCGCUUGUCUUCCUCCAGGGCUCACUGUCGGUAGAGGGAAGCCAGCAGGAGAACACGCAACAGGUACUCCUGUCCUUCUCUUCCGAAGUGAUGGUGAAAGAUCUUAAACUUUAAAACUGGUCUUAAUCUUGAAAUCUUGGUUAAGGGAUUAUGAAACACAAAUCCAGACCUUUUAAUGUAGUCUAAUGAAAUAAUUUUUUAAGUUGCCCAGGUUCAUCUUCAGUUUUGGUAUGGUCUUGAAGUUAGCAGAGCUGAGGCAGAAGCCAGACGAUCGAGUGAACAGCGUACAGGGCAGGGCUCCCCUGAGAGAAGAGGUGAUAAUCCACCACUGUCAGUGUUGAUGUGGGGAUGAUCUCCAGGGUUGAAGACAGGAUUGCGAAACAUCUGCCCGGGUUCAGGACAACAGCUGUUGUUCAGCCGGAAUUAUACCUCAAAUCAGCUCCUUGUACUUCAGCUCCCCCGUCUCACUGUCAGCAGCCCAAUCCAGCUGUCCACAGAUUCAUCUGAUUAGUUAUUUUGUUGAUUUUUUUAGAUUGGUUCUGUACCUACAGCAUUCAGACCAUUUUAAAAUUCUCUGUUCUUGUAUACAUAAUGAAAAAUAAAAUUGGUUCUUUAUAUUUUA